GUUUGUUUAAGCGGAUUUGAAGAGGAAAAAUGGGCUGCUUUUCCUGUUGCCUUACCCCGUCAGAGAAAGUCGUCGAUGCAGAUGGUCCAACAGAAGUUUCAAAACGCAGGACAGAACUGAAAUCCUAUACGUUGAAAUCAAUUGUUUCAAAUAUUUCACUCAAGACAGGUAGCAGCAGGCAGAGAAGGAUAACUGCAGAGAUACAAAAACACGGAACUGUACAAAAUGAAGCUACAGUUUUCACAUACAAAGAACUCGGUGAUGCAACUGACGGUUUCAGCGAUGAACACAGAAUAGGCGAGGGGGGAUUCGGGGUGGUCUACAAAGGACGCAUAGAAAGCAUUGAUCAAGUUGUGGCUGUGAAGCAGCUGGACAGACAAGGAAGGCAAGGAACUAGAGAAUUUAUUUCAGAGGUUUUGAUGUUAAGCUUGUUGAAGCAUCCCAACCUUGUCAAUUUGAUAGGUUAUUGUGUUGAAGACGACCACAGGAUUUUGACCUACGAGUACAUGCCCAAUGGGAGUCUAGAAGAUCACCUUCUAGACUUGGCUCCAAAUAAGGCGCCUUUAUCUUGGGACAUGAGGUUGAAAAUAGCUGAGGGAGCUGCAAGAGGGCUUGAGUAUCUACAUGAAAUUGCUGAGCCAAAAGUAAUAUACCGCGAUUUUAAAGCAUCAAAUAUAUUGUUAGAUAGCGACUUCAAUCCCAGGCUUUCUGAUUUUGGUAUGGCCAAGAUGGGUCCAACACAAGGCCAACUUUAUAUCACCACGAGGGUCAUGGGAACCUAUGGCUAUUGUGCACCAGAGUAUGCUGCCACCGGGCAGCUGACGAGCAAGUCUGAUGUUUAUAGCUUUGGGGUUGUGCUUUUGGAGAUAAUCUCUGGCAGACGAGUUAUUGACGUUACAAAAGCAGCAGACGAGCAGAACCUGAUUCAAUGGGCACAACCACUGUUUAAGGACAGAAGCAAGUUUACUCUAAUGGCUGACCCCUUGCUUGACGGCAACUACCCUGAGAAGAGUCUAUUUCAAGCACUUGCAGUGGCAGCAAUGUGUUUGCAAGAAGAAGCUGAGGCAAGACCUUCAAUGGGUGAGGUUGUGGAAGCUCUUGAACUUCUAUCAAAGCCGAAAGAUACAGAAUAGAAUCAUAGACAA